CUCACCGCUGCCCUUCGUCAGACGGGCAGCUCCUGGUGCAAUGUUACCGCUGAUGGCCGGAGCAACAUGUAGCCAGAGGCUCAACUCCAAGAGAUUGGGAUGGGCAAAACUCGGGGUUUCAAGAAGAUCCAUAACCGAGGCUCUAUUCAAGGACCUUAUAAUGAUGAUAAGAGCCCUCGAUACGAAGUGAUCAUAAGGGAGACUCUGAUUCAGAGGCAAGAACUAUCAGGAGAGAGUCGAACCACAACAGGCCACAUCUUUCCAUCAAGAAGCACAUGAAACUUGACAUACUUUGAGUCGUUGCUUCCUUUCAGUCGUUCAAGAUGACUCUGCCUUCAGCAAUUCUGUUUGGUCCUCAAACUAAGCUACCCACCCUCCACCACCUUCAACGGCAGAGAGACAUACUGCGAUCUGAUCCACAACUCAAGGUGCUCCUAGAGACCAUUCAGAGCCUUCCUUCUCUUUGGAACCUUCUCUUGACACAUGAGCCCAGGUUCAGUCGGAUUCCAGGCCAAGACCUGGUCUCUCACCUGACAGGCUGGCUUGGGGAGGAACCUGCCCCUUCAGUCACUCCUUCACACAACAUCAUCUGCACACCCUUGACGGUCAUUACCCAGGUGCUUGACUAUGUGCAAUACCUACACGAUAACGAGAGCAACUUUAACCACUCCCAGCUGCUUGGUGGCCUCUCACUUGCUGGUAUCCAAGGCUUCUGCACUGGAUUCCUCUCCGCUGCUGCGAUUGCCUGCUCUGAGAAUGUGCAGGACAUCGCCAAGUAUGCCUCCGUUGCUGUUAAGUUGGCACUGGUACUCGGGGCCUAUGUGGACCUUGAUGCAGAGCUUAGCAACAUUGAGACGACAUGCGUCGUUGUCAAGGGGAAGUCGAAGCAGUCUGAUGAGAACAAACUGUCUCGCCACCUCGAGACCUUUGCAGGAGCCUAUGUAUCAGUGAUAUUCGAUGAGGACAACUUCACGAUUACCGUGCCUAAAUCAGACGUGGAGUCUCUCACGGAAGCUCUCUCAGCAGAUAACUUCAUAGUGCGAGACGUCCCUAUCCGAGGGCGUUUCCACUCUUCAGUCAAUAAGACGGCGUCGGAGAGUAUUUCAGAUUUAAUUCGCCUACAUGACUUCCUCAAACUCCCAGAAGCUGGCUCGUUACUGGCACACAUGAGACAAAAUGUGGAUGGUGCGCCGAUUCAGGAGCAAGAUUCGUUGUCGAGCGUCGCAACCUCGGUGCUUCUCACGGACGUGUCGGAUUGGCAUGUGACUAUGUCAGAGACGUUUCGACAUGUUCUUACUGGCGCAGAUGUGAUCACAUUCAGCGUCUCCGACAUUAUCCCGCCAUCGGUACAACGGGCCUCGCCAAGAAAGAUUCACAAAAUGCCCCAAAUGACAACUGAGCAGUCCAUGGGGGGACAACUGUCUGAGAAGGCAGCUGAAUUCGACUAUCCCCAACAUUCAGUUGCUAUCGUCGGCAUGGCGUGCAAAUAUGCCGGUGUGGACUCGCUGGAUGAAUUCUGGGAGGUGAUAUCAAAGGGUGCCUCUAUGCACAGCGAGGUGCCAGAAGAUCGCUGGGCACGUACGGGGCUCCGAAGAACCAAGGAGGGUUCGCGAUACUUCGGCAACUUUGUCCGCGACGCUGACGCCUUUGAUCACCGAUUCUUCAAGAAGUCCGCACGUGAGGCGGCUGCCAUGGACCCUCAGCAACGGAUCCUUCUCCAGGCUGCAUACCAGGCGGUCGAGUCUUCGGGGUACCUGACCGAAAGAGACGCCCCUGAGGAUGUUGGUUGCUAUAUUGGCGUGGCGACGACGGACUACCACGACAAUAUCGCCUCCCACGCACCCACGGCCUUCUCAGCUAUUGGAGAGUUGCGUGCGUUCCUGUGUGGUAGGAUCAGCCACCACUUCGGCUGGACGGGGCCAUCCAUGACAUAUGAUACAGCUUGCAGUGCUUCCAUGGUGGCUAUCGAUGCCGCAUGCCGAUCCAUCCAGACAGGGCAGUGUUCUCGUGCACUGGCAGGGGGUGUGAGUCUGAACUCUAGCCCAAACCUCUGGGAGAACCUUCGCGCUGCCAAUUUCUUGAGCCCUACCGGGCCAACCAAACCGUUCGAUGCGGCAGGGGAUGGUUACUGUCGUGGUGAAGGUGUCGGGCUCAUCUUCCUGAAGAAGCUCUCCGAUGCCGUGAAGGACGGCGACUUUAUCUACGGAGUGAUCGCGGGAACAGGAGUCAACCAGUGCCGCAAUGACACUUACAUCACGGUUCCCAACGGCUCGUCUCAGGUUGAUCUGUACAAGAAGGUUCUUACGGACGCGGGUGUCAAGCCCUAUGAUGUGAGCUACAUCGAGUCCCAUGGAACAGGGACAGCCAAGGGCGACCCAACAGAGAUGGCCAGUCUUCGCUCCGUCUUUGGUGGGCCAUCCCGAGACAGCAUUGUGUCCAUCGGCUCGGUGAAGGGCAAUGUAGGUCAUUGCGAAGCAUCGUCUGGAGUUGCUUCCGUGAUCAAAACCGUGCUCGCGAUGAACAACUCUACGAUUCCACCGCUGGCGAACCACCAGUCGCUCAACCCAAACAUCCAGCCGCUAGCGCUCGACAAGAUGAACAUCCCCUUGUCUCCCCAGCCUUGGGACAUACCUUUCAAAGCCGCACUGGUCAACAACUACGGCGCUGCUGGCAACAAUGCAGCAAUGGUUCUCUGCCAGCCCCCGUCGAAGCGGUCCAGCGCACGUCGAUUCUCAAACGACCACAACUCUGCAUUGUCGGUGGUGCCGGUCUGUAUCUACGCACACACGGAGCAAAGCGUUAGGUCAUAUUGCCAAGCACUCUGUGACUCGCUCCCAGCAGAGACUCCCAGCGACGAGGUUGCGUUUCUCCAGAACCUGGCCUUCAACCUGGUCAAGAAGCAGAACAGGACCCUCGCUCACCGCUUCAUCACCAGUGUUAGCACAGUAGAAGCCCUAAAGACCGCUCUCAAGGCCCCAGACCAGUUCAUCCAGCAACACCAAGACAAGAAGGCAGAGACGAGCUCGGUGGUUCUCUCUUUUGGUGGCCAGACGAACAACCACGUCGGUCUGUCGCAACACCUAUACUUCGAAUCGGCACUGCUGCGUUUCCAUCUUGAGAAUUGCAACCGCGCAAUUAGGAGGGCGGGAUACAAGUCCAUCUUCCCAGCAAUCUUCCAGACGAAGCAGGUGACAGACGUCGUGAGCCUUCACUGUCUGUUCUUCGCCAUCCAAUACGCCUCUGCCAAUGCCUGGAUGGAUGCAGGUGUCACCCCAGCCGCAGUGAUCGGCCACAGCUUCGGACAGCUGACUGCUAUGUGCAUCUCUGGUAUGCUAUCUCUAGAUGACGCCGUGAAGCUCGUCGCCGGUCGGGCAAGCCUGAUGCAGAAAUACUGGGGUGAGGAGUCUGGAUCCAUGGUAUCUGUUGAAGCCGACGCCAACACCGCUGAAGGCGUCAUUGCGGAGGUGUCAUCACAACACGGACUGCGGGCUGAGAUUGCCUGCUACAAUGCCCCGACAGGCCAUGUCAUCGUGGGCACUUCCAAGGCAAUGGAUGCGGUUGAGCAAAUCUGCAAGGCCUCUGCCCAGCCGAUCCGCUACAAGAGACUUCAGGUGACCAACGGGUUCCACUCCGAGUUCACCGAGCCUCUUAUCCCCCAUCUGGAGAAGCUGGCGUCUGGCCUACAGGUUUCUGAGCCGCAUAUUCACAUGGAGUUUUGCACCCAGGAGCAAACAGCCUGGCAGGAUAUGACGCCAGCUUUCAUUGCAAAUCACACCCGUGCCCCGGUGUAUUUCCAUGCCGCUGUCGAGCGACUGGAGGCCAGACUGGGAAGCUGUCUUUGGCUUGAGGCAGGAUCAAACUCAUCCGUGGCAGCAAUGGCACGGCGUGCCUUGGCCGGCUCCUCGGUCCCGCACACAUACCACGGGACAAAGUUGGAUGGCAAGGAGGCCCUGAACCGCCUUGCGGAGACCAUGGUCACUCUUUGGAAGACCAUGCCGACCAUUGAAGUCGGGCCUUUCUACCGGAAGAAGGGGUCAGCUCGGGCUCCGUUCCGCAGCAUCGACCUCCCUCCGUAUCAAUUCGAGAAACAGCAUCAUUGGAUGACUUGGAGGGACAACGUGGAGGCCAACAAAGACUCCGCGGCCACCAAAGCCCCCAAGGUCGACCAGGACUCCAAGCCGAAGAUCCUUCGUCAAGUGAGUGCAGACGGGAAAGGUGGAGCGCAUUUCACCAUCGACCCAAGGAGCGAGGAAUUCCAACACUUCGUCAAGGGUCAUGCCGUGCUCGACCAGCCGCUCUGCCCGGCAGAUCUAUACGUUGAACUGGCUGCCAGGGCUACAAGAUGCUUGCAGCCGACUCAAAACUCCAUUCCAAGCGUCGAGAAGCUCAGCAUCGUGGCUCCGCUUGGCAUCGACCCGGCCAAGGAGAUUCAUUUGUCUAUGACCGCGACAGAGCCAACAAACUCGAGCUGGUCCUUCGUCUUCACCAGCGGACCCAGGGGUAGUGCUCAAGUCAAAGAUCGAACAAAGCACGCCUCCGGUGUCGUCAAGCUUACAGCUCUGAGCGAUAUGGGCUUUAAGGCGGAGGUGGCCCGGUACGAGAAGCUCGUGGGGUCCAGCCGCGCAACAGCCUUCCUGAGCGACCACCAGGCUGAGGGCAUGAAGGGUGCCCUGGUCUACCAAGUAUUCAGCAAGGUUGUCGCCUAUGGAGAGUACUACCAAGGUGUAAAGGCGAUCGCCUCGAGGGGAGAUGAAGUGGGAGCCCAGAUUGUCGUUCCCACUCCAGCUGACGUAGCUGAUCCCUCUAUGAUCCUUGACCCUGUUGCCGUCGACAAUUUCGUACAGGUUGCCGGUAUCAAAGUCAACUGCCUCAACCCGUGCCCAGCGAACCAGGUGUACAUUUGCGGGCACAUUGAGCGCGUGCAGGCAACCCAGACGUUCCUGGACCUAACUCGACCCGGCCAAGCGCAGCAGACUUGGAGCGUAUUUGCUCAGUGCACGCCAGUGACUGAAAAGGUGUACCACAACGACAUCUAUGUCUUCAGCGAGGACAAGAAGCUGGCCAUGAUCAUUCUCGGUGUGCAGUUCACCCGCGUGUCUAUCACGUCCCUGGCCAGUGCCAUCUCCCAGUCCAACCGGGCGGGCGCACCCCAGAAGAAGCAGUCUCAAGAGCAAAGCUUCUACGACAAGGCCAUCGAGAAGCUGCGAGGCUGCCAUGAAGAUUCAACAGCCCAACGGUUCGCGGCAGCAGAAACCAAAGAACGGCCGGCAGUCGAUCUGUUCUCCAGCUUGACGGACCUUCUCCUCGAGGUCGCCGAAGUGCCCAAGGCCUCGGUCACCAGGACCUCGACCUUCGAGGGCCUUGGCAUCGACUCACUCUUGACAACCGAGGUUUUCUCGGCCGUGACGGACAAGUUUGGAGUGCAGAUACCACACGACAAGAUUUCAGAGCUGCAAGACGUGGAGUCUCUUCUGGCAUUCCUCUCUGCCUUGGCUAUCAGCUCGCCUUCCGAAAUGACAACCCCGGGGCUGUCCACCCCGUUCUCCACGGUGUCCGGUGCUGCCACUCCAUUCACUGAAGUCAGCGGACUUAGUACACCCGAAGAGGGCCUACCAAAGAAGGCGGUGGCCCAAGAAUCCAAGGACGGAGACGUGGAGGGCCGGCUCAUGCAAGUCUUGUGCGAGCUUCUCGACAUCAAGCCGUCCGCGCUCAGUCCCAAGAGUAGCCUCGAGGACCAAGGACUGGACUCCUUGCUCACUGUUGAGCUUACCAGUGCGCUGGAAGAGGUGUUCGCUUGCAAGAUCGGCGCUGGUUCCGUGCAUGGCGAUAUGACAUACAGCGAGCUGAAGGAGGUAGUCACUGGCAAGGUCUCUGGUGGGACUCAGGGAAGCAUUGUGAAGACAUCGGUGCCGCCCACCUUGCAGGACGUGCCCAAUAACGCAAGACGCCUGCCCGGAAGCAAUAUGAAGACACUCGUAUACAAGCAAGCCGGACCAACAUCUCUCUAUGCCGAUGUAUAUCUUCCCGAGGCGGAAGAUGGAGUCCCCAGACAUCCAGCUCUCAUGAUCCACGGCGGCGGGCACUCUAUGCUCUCGCGCAAGGAUGUGCGUCCAAAGCAGACGGCUCUUCUUUUGGCGAACGGCUUCCUUCCCGUGAGCAUAGACUAUCGUCUCUGCCCUGAAGUCAACAUCAUCGACGGUGCCAUGACUGAUGUUUGUGACGCUCUGGCCUGGGCACGGGCGAAUCUUCCCCAAAUCUGCAGCACCAUGGGGGUACCCGUCAAUGGCAAAAAGGUGGCCGUCGUUGGGUGGUCAACGGGAGGCACCCUGUCUUUGCAGCUGGGCUUUGCUGCGCGGAACCGGGGCAUCCAGCCACCUGACGCUACACUGGCGUUUUAUUGCCCCAGCAACUAUGAAGAUGAAUUCUGGAAACAACCAAAUUUUCCCGAGAACACCAAGACAGACAGCUUGGAACAAUUUGACCUGCUGGAGGGUGUCCAAGACCAGCCUAUCACCUCCUACAACAUGGACCCCAAGGCCGGCGCGAUCGGCGGCUGGAUGUCCCCCACGGACCCGCGCUCCCGCAUCGUGCUGCACAUGAACUGGAUGGGCCAGAUGCUCCCCGUGAUCCUCAACGGGCUCCCGACGCGCGCGGCGGCGGACCCGGGCGUCGACUACAAGCACAUGCCCCAGCCCGGCGCGGACCGCAUCGCCGCCAUCAGCCCGUGCGCGCAGAUCCGCGCCGGCAACUACACCACGCCCACGUACAUCGUCCACGGGACCCGCGACGACCUGAUCCCCUGGCAGCAGGCGCGGACCACCUACGAGGCGCUGGUGGCGCGCGGGGUGCCCGCGGAGCUCGAGAUUGUUGAUGGCGCGGAGCACCUGUUUGACUUGUACCGGAGCCGCGGUAAGGAUUGGGAGGUUGUGCUGAGGGGUUAUGAGUUUCUUUUCCGGCAGUUUCGUUAAACGAUAGACUUCGAGUUACUCUAGUGCUGUUGCAUUCAGGCUAUUAGACUGUGUUCAUAGAGUUAAUCUGCUGUUGAUUGUGUAGUUAUAUCUAUCCAUAGACUGAAACUUUCUUUAUGUUUAUCGAUAUCUACUACUAGCACUAUGUUUUCAA